AUGGAUGAAAACCAAACAGAAGGGGUGGAAAAAUUUCAUCUGGCAGGCUUCUCACAGGCAUCAUCUAUUGAGGCAGAGCUAUUUGUGUUAUUUCUUUUCUUCUAUGUAUUCACUUGGGUAGGCAAUGUCAUCAUCAUGGUCACAGUGGCUUCUGAUAACAACUUAAAUUCAUUGCCUAUGUAUUUCCUUCUUGGCAAUCUCUCAUUCCUGGACCUAUGUUAUUCAACAGUAACUACCCCUAAACUUCUUGCUGACUUCCUUGAUAAUGAAAAACUCAUUCCCUAUAACCAUUGUAUUGUACAGCUCUUCUUCCUUCAUUUUGUAGGGGCAGCUGAAAUGUUCCUGCUCACUGUGAUGGCUUAUGACCGCUAUGUUGCAAUCUGCCGCCCACUGUAUUAUACCACCAUCAUGAGUCGGGGCCUGUGCUGUAGGUUGGUAGCUGCCUCAUGGAUGGGAGGAUUUGUGCAUUCCACUGUCCAGACUAUUCUCACUAUCCGUCUGCCCUUUUGUGGGCCAAACCAUGUGGACAAUUUCUUUUGUGAUGUUCCUCCUGUCAUCAAACUUGCCUGUGCGGACACCUUUGUCAUUGAACUGCUCAUGGUAUCUAACAGUGGGUUGAUAUCUACCAGUUCCUUUGUGGUACUGGUUUCUUCUUAUGCCACUAUCCUGGUUAAGAUUCGCUCUAAGGAAGGCAGGCUUAAGGCACUCUCCAUCUGUGCUUCCCACCUCAUGGUGGUGACACUCUUUUUUGGACCCUGCAUUUUCAUCUAUGCUCGUCCUUUCUCCACCUUUUCUGUGGACAAGAUGGUGUCUGUGCUUUAUAAUGUUAUAACCCCCAUGCUAAACCCCCUCAUUUACACACUGAGAAAUAAAGAAGUCAAAUCAGCCAUGAGGAAGCUGUGGGGCAAGAGUGGGCUUUGGAAAAAGCAGAAGACAUGA